AUGAGUGGAAAUGAGACCGAUUGGCUAGCCUUGCUUGAAAUCAAGGCCAGGAUAACUGCAGACCCUCAUGCUGUAUUGACUUCAUGGAAUGAAACCAUGCACUUUUGCACCUGGCAUAGAGUUACAUGCAGUCGUCGUCACCAGAGAGUCACCAUGUGGAAAUUUGAGUUUCUUGCGCGUGAUUCAUCUGGUGGGCAAUAG